CCGCGCACGCCAGCUCCGCCCCGCGCGCGCCGCCCGUGCAAUCCCUGCUUAAGAGACCCCGGAGUGGGGCGCUCGCCCGAAGCCAGGCCGCGUCCGCCAUAGUGCCUGGCCUGGAGGUGUCGCCGACGCCUGGUGAGGGCCCCAGAGCGGCAGGGGGGCAAAACAAAAAGGGAGCCAUCGAAGCCCUCGCCGCUGCCCGGCGGUUUCCGGGCGUAUUCUCGCGGUUCUGGGCCUAAAGCCGACGGGAACGAAAGGCGAGAGAAGCGCGGAGAUCCGGCGAGAGGAAGCGUCAGGGAUCCUCGGCGGUGUCCCCGGGGUCCGCCGAAGCCACCGGGCCGCUGGCUGGGGCCCGGGGUGGUGAGGAAGUGCUUCGAGGCCUAGUGAGGCCUAGUACCGGCUUUGUGUCUGAGGCGGCGGCGGCGGCGGCGGCGGCGGGGGGGAGGCGGAGCCGGAGCCGAGGGCGGCCUGCGGGAAGGCCUCUCCUCCGCCGACCGCGCGUUUUCGGCCUAGGCCGCGGGGUCGCUCGUGGCCUCCGGGGAGCAGGCGAAAGGGGUUUGUGUGUGGUGGGGGCCUGGGCCUGGGGAAGCUGACGCCGGUCGUCCGGAAGCCAGGAGGAGGCGAGAGGCCGCUCGUGGACUCCGGGCCUAGGCCCUCUCCCCUCAACCUUCUCCCGGGGCCUGGGUCACCCCAAUCCACGGAAAGAGAGACCAGCCGGGAGGUGCGGCCGCGCUAUGGACCCCUGACCCCGUGGGGUCAUUCGGACUCUAACGUGUGGACUGACCGCUAUUGACUGCACCGCCUGUCCCCCGUCUCCUGCCGGCCCUUAGCAUGAGCGAGGGGGACCCAGCCGGGUGACAUUGUGCCCGUUGGCGGAUUCUCCAUUUCCCCUCUUCCCCAUCCUCGUCCUCUUAACUCCCACAUGAAGUGAUUCUGAGUAUCGGGGGGGUUCUGGAUUAUUGUUCUUACGAACCCCUGCUUGUGGUUGGGGGGUAUUUAAUCUGAGGCCUUAGGGUCCUUCGGUGUCUUUGAGUGUUUUAUGUGUGUACAUAUUUUGCUCGUAAGUUUAUAAAUAUACAUAUAUUGAGAGUGUCCACGUCUCCUCGCUGAACCUUAGGAAUCCUUUGGCACCAUGUCCUGUGUGCAUUAUAAAUUUUCCUCUAAACUCAACUAUGAUACCGUCACUUUUGAUGGGCUCCACAUCUCCCUCUGCGACUUAAAGAAGCAGAUUAUGGGGAGAGAGAAGCUGAAAGCUGCCGACUGCGACCUGCAGAUAACCAACGCGCAGACGAAAGAAGAAUAUACUGAUGAUAAUGCUCUAAUUCCUAAGAAUUCAUCUGUAAUUGUUAGAAGAAUUCCCAUUGGAGGUGUUAAAUCUACAAGCAAGACAUAUGUUAUAAGUCGAACAGAACCAGUGAUGGCAACUACAAAAGCAAUUGAUGACCCUUCCGCGUCUAUUUCUCUGGCCCAGCUUACAAAGACUGCCAAUCUGGCUGAAGCCAAUGCUUCUGAAGAAGAUAAAAUUAAAGCAAUGAUGUCGCAAUCUGGCCAUGAAUACGACCCAAUCAAUUACAUGAAGAAACCUCUAGGUCCACCACCUCCAUCUUAUACUUGUUUCCGUUGUGGUAAACCUGGCCAUUAUAUUAAGAAUUGCCCAACAAAUGGGGAUAAAAACUUUGAAUCUGGUCCUAGGAUUAAAAAGAGCACUGGAAUUCCCAGAAGUUUCAUGAUGGAAGUGAAAGAUCCUAAUAUGAAAGGUGCAAUGCUUACCAACACUGGAAAAUAUGCAAUACCAACUAUAGAUGCUGGGAGACUCCUCUUUCACAAAUUGGGAACAAUGGGGCAUAAGCAAAUUGAUACUUAUUUCUGGAAUCGUGGUGAUGUCUAUGGAGCAACUGCAACACAAAUAACACACCUAAGAGAAGCAUAUGCAAUUGGGAAGAAAGAGAAACCACCCUUCCUACCAGAGGAACCAUCUUCUUCAUCAGAAGAAGAUGAUCCUAUCCCAGAUGAAUUGUUGUGUCUCAUCUGCAAAGAUAUUAUGACGGAUGCCGUUGUCAUUCCCUGCUGUGGAAACAGUUAUUGUGAUGAAUGUAUAAGAACAGCACUCCUGGAAUCAGAUGAACAUACGUGUCCAACAUGUCAUCAGAAUGAUGUCUCUCCUGAUGCUUUAAUUGCCAAUAAAUUUUUACGACAGGCUGUUAAUAACUUCAAAAAUGAAACUGGUUAUACAAAAAGACUACGAAAACAGUUACCUCCACCCCCACCCCCUAUACCACCUCCGAGACCACUCAUUCAAAGGAAUCUACAACCUCUGAUGAGAUCUCCAAUAUCAAGACAACAGGAUCCUCUGAUGAUUCCAGUGACAUCUUCGUCAACUCACCCGACUCCUUCUAUAUCUUCAUUAACUUCUAAUCAGUCGUCUUUGGCCCCUCCUGUACCUGGAAAUCCAUCUUCUACUCCAGCGCCUGUACCUGAUAUAACAGCAACAGUAUCCAUAUCCGUCCAUUCAGAAAAAUCAGACGGACCUUUUCGAGAUUCUGAUAAUAAAAUAUUGCCAGCUGCAGCUCUUGCAUCAGAACACUCGAAGGGAACUUCCUCACUUGCAAUUACUGCUCUUAUGGAAGAGAAGGGUUAUCAAGUGCCUGUACUUGGAACCCCAUCUUUGCUUGGACAGUCAUUAUUGCAUGGACAGUUGAUCCCUACAACUGGUCCAGUAAGAAUAAAUGCUGCUCGUCCAGGUGGUGGUCGACCAGGUUGGGAACAUUCCAAUAAGCUUGGCUAUCUGGUUUCUCCACCACAGCAAAUUAGAAGGGGGGAGAGGAGCUGCUACAGAAGUAUAAACCGUGGGCGACACCACAGCGAAAGAUCACAGAGGACUCAAGGCCCAUCACUACCAGCAACUCCAGUCUUUGUACCUGUUCCACCACCUCCUUUGUAUCCACCUCCUCCCCAUACACUUCCUCUCCCUCCAGGUGUUCCUCCCCCACAGUUUUCUCCUCAGUUUCCUCCUGGCCAGCCACCACCUGCUGGGUAUAGUGUCCCUCCUCCAGGGUUUCCUCCAGCUCCUGCCAAUUUAUCUACACCCUGGGUGUCAUCAGGAGUUCAGACCGCUCAUUCAAAUACCAUCCCAACAACCCAAGCACCACCUUUAUCCAGGGAAGAAUUCUAUAGAGAGCAACGACGACUAAAAGAAGAGGAAAAGAAAAAGUCCAAGCUAGAUGAGUUUACAAAUGAUUUUGCUAAGGAAUUGAUGGAAUACAAAAAGAUUCAAAAGGAGCGUAGGCGCUCAUUUUCCAGGUCUAAAUCUCCUUAUAGUGGAUCCUCAUAUUCAAGAAGUUCAUAUACUUACUCUAAAUCAAGAUCUGGUUCAACACGUUCACGGUCUUAUUCUCGAUCAUUCAGCCGCUCACAUUCUCGUUCGUAUUCACGAUCACCUCCAUACCCCAGAAGAGGCAGAGGCAAGAGUCGAAAUUACCGUUCACGGUCUAGAUCUCAUGGAUAUCAUCGAUCUAGGUCAAGGUCACCCCCGUAUAGACGCUAUCAUUCACGAUCAAGAUCUCCUCAAGCGUUUCGGGGACAAUCUCCUAAUAAACGUAAUGUACCUCAAGGGGAAACAGAACGUGAAUAUUUUAAUAGAUAUAGAGAAGUUCCACCACCUUAUGACAUGAAAGCUUAUUAUGGGAGGAGUGUUGACUUUAGAGACCCAUUUGAAAAAGAGCGUUACCGAGAAUGGGAGAGAAAAUAUAGAGAGUGGUAUGAAAAAUAUUAUAAAGGUUAUGCUGCUGGAGCACAGCCUAGACCCUCAGCAAAUAGGGAGAACUUUUCUCCAGAGAGAUUUUUACCACUUAAUAUCAGGAACUCUCCCUUCACGAGAGGCCGCCGAGAAGAUUAUGUUGGUGGACAAAGUCAUAGAAGUCGAAACAUAGGUGGCAACUAUCCAGAAAAGCUUUCAGCAAGAGAUGGUCACAAUCAGAAGGACAAUACAAAAUCAAAAGAGAAGGAGAGUGAAAAUGCUCCAGGAGAUGCUAAAGGAAAUAAGCAUAAGAAACAUAGAAAAAGAAGAAAAGGAGAAGAAAGUGAAGGUUUUCUGAACCCAGAGUUAUUAGAGACUUCUAGAAAAUCAAGAGAACCAACAGGUGUUGAAGAAAAUAAAACAGACUCAUUGUUUGUUCUUCCAAGUAGAGAUGAUGCUACACCUGUUAGAGAUGAACCAAUGGAUGCAGAAUCCAUCACUUUUAAAUCAGUGUCUGAAAAAGACAAGAGAGAAAAAGAUAAACCAAAAGCAAAAGGUGACAAGACCAAACGGAAAAAUGAUGGAUCUACUGUCUCCAAAAAAGAAAGUGUAAAACCUGCUAAAGGACCCCAAGAAAAACUAGAUGGAGAGCGUGAAAAAUCUCCUCGAUCUGAACCUCCACUUAAAAAAGCCAAAGAGGAGACUCCAAAGACUGACAAUGCUAAAUCUUCAUCUUCCUCUCAGAAAGAUGAAAAGAUCAUUGGAACCCCCAGAAAAGCUCACUCCAAAUCAGCAAAAGAACACCAGGAGAUAAAACCAGUCAAAGAGGAAAAAGUAAAGAAGGACUAUUCCAAAGAUGUCAAAUCAGAAAAGCUAACUAAUAAGGAAGAAAAAGCCAAGAAGCCUAAUGAGAAAAAUAAACCACUUGAUAACAAGGGAGAAAAAAGAAAAAGAAAAACUGAAGAAAAAAGUGUAGAUAAAGAUUUUGAGUCUUCAAUGAAAGUCUCUAAACUAGAAGUAACUGAAAUAGUGAAACCAUCACCAAAACGCAAAAUGGAACCUGAUAUUGAAAAGUUGGAUAGGACCCCCGAGAAGGACAAAAUUUCAUCAUCAACAGCUCCAGCCAAAAAAAUCAAGCUCAACAGAGAAACUGGAAAAAAAAUUGGAAGUACAGAAAAUAUAUCUAAUACAAAAGAGCCUUCUGAAAAAUUGGAGUCAACAUCUAGCAAAGUUAAACAAGAAAAAGUCAAAGGAAAGGUCAGACGAAAAGUCACUGGGACUGAAGGAUCCAGCUCAACUCUUGUGGAUUAUACCAGUACGAGCUCAACGGGAGGCAGUCCUGUGCGGAAAUCUGAAGAAAAAACAGAUACAAAGCGAACUGUCAUUAAAACUAUGGAAGAAUAUAAUAAUGACAAUACAGCACCUGCUGAAGAUGUUAUUAUUAUGAUUCAGGUUCCUCAAUCCAAAUGGGAUAAAGAUGACUUUGAAUCUGAAGAAGAAGAUGUUAAAUCUGCACAGCCUAUCUCAAAUGUAGGAAAACCUGCUAGUAUCAUAAAAAGUGUUAGUACUAAGCCAUCAAAUACAGUCAAAUAUACUGAAAAAGAAAGUGAGCAAUCAGAGAAAAUUCAGAAAUUCACCAAGGAGGUGAGCCAUGAAAUUAUACAACAUGAGGUCAAAAGUUCAAAAAACUCUGCAUCUAGUGAAAAGGGGAAAACCAAAGAUCGAGAUCAUUCAGUGUUGGAAAAGGAAAACCUUGAAAAGAGGAAGAGCAGCACUCAGCUAGAGAAAGAUAGUAAUUUGGACCGUCUGAAUGAACCAGGAAAUUUCAAAAGUCUGUCUCAAUCUUCCAAAGAGACUAGAACUUCAGAUAAGCAUGAUUCUGUUCGUGGUUCUUCAAAUAAAGACUUCACUCCCAGCAGAGACAAAAAAGCCGACUAUGACAGCAGAGAGUAUUCAAGUUCCAAACGUAGAGAUGAAAGGAAUGAAUUAACAAGAAGAAAAGACUCUCCUUCUCGGAAUAAAGAUUCUGUAUCUGGACAGAAAAAUAAACUGAGGGAAGAGAGAGAUUUGCCUAAAAAAGGAACAGGAGAUUCCAAAAAAAGUAAUUCUAGUCCUUCAAGAGAUAAGAAACCUCAUGAUCACAAAGCCACUUAUGAUACUAAACGGUCAAGUGAAGAGACAAAGUCUGUAGAGAAAAAUCCUUGCAAGGAUCGUGAAAAGCAUGUAUUAGAAGCAAAGAACAAUAAAGAAUCAAGUGGCAAUAAAUUACUUCAUAUACUUAACCCACCAGACACACAGAUUGAAAAAGAGCAAAUUACUGGGCAAAUUGAUAAGAAUGCUGUCAAGCCUAAACCCCAGUUAAGUCAUUCCUCUAGACUUUCCUCGGACUUAACUAGAGAAACUGAUGAAGCUGCUUUCGAACCAGACUAUAAUGAAACAGACAGUGAAAGUAAUGUGUCUAUAAAAGAGGAGGAAACUUCAGGAAACAUUUCUAAGGACCUGAAAGAUAAAAUAACAGAGAAAGCAAAAGAGAGUGUAGACCCAGCAACAGUUGGCCAGGUGGGUGUAAGAAGCCAGAGUCAAAGCAGCCCUAGUGUUAGUCCAAGCCGAAGUCAUAGCCCUUCUGGAAGCCAGACCCGAAGCCACAGUAGCAGUGCCAGCUCAGCAGAAAGUCAGGACAGCAAGAAGAAGAAGAAAAAGAAGGAAAAGAAAAAGCACAAGAAACAUAAAAAACAUAAGAAGCAUAAGAAACAUGCAGGCACUGAUGUAGAAUUGGAAAAAAGCCAAAAACACAAACACAAGAAAAAGAAGUCAAAGAAGAACAAAGAUAAAGAAAAGGAGAAGGAGAAAGAUGACCAAAAAGUGAAAUCUGUCACUGUGUAAAAGGACAGAUUUUAAAAAUUGACUUAAUUACUAAGUCAUCUGUAUUAAAUUUUGUUAUAAUGUAAAGAGAUUCAAGCCUUGUAAAUAAUGACAUGGAAGACCCUGUGCUGCACUUAAAAUAUUGCUGCUUGAUUAUUUGAUUUUUACAUCAGAGCUUUAUAACACGAACUUUUGUACAGAAUUGUGAGUUGUGACCAUGUAACAUGAGAGGUUUUGCUAGGGCCUAUUAUUUUUAACCACCAUUGAUUAGUUGGGGUGGAGUUUACUGUACUGUGAAAUUUUCACAUUUGAAUUUUUUUAAUUGCCUGGCAAAAGCUGAUAUCAGUUCUAAAAUAUCAGCAGAAUGAUUUGCUGAAUUCAUUACAAUCCCGUUAUGUCACUUUUUGAUUACAAUAAAAGUUUUCAGUAAACUUUUCAAA